ACAGUACAGUCUCCGCUUUAAAACAAAGAUACAGCAGCAAUAGUUCAAGACUUUAAGCCCUCGUUUUGUGUCAGAGAUGAAGAGAUUUUUCAAACCAGUUGAGAAAGAAGGGUCUUCUAAAAAACCCACAAUUCAUUCCGUCAAUAAUGCUGAAGAAACAACUCAAAAAGCCUCUGAUAAUAACACUAAUAAUAAUGAUGAGGGUUUGACAAAGAACAAGAAAGAGCCCACCAAGUUCUUGACAUGGAAUGCCAAUAGCUUCCUUCUCCGGGUCAAGAAUAACUGGCCCGAAUUCACCAAGUUGCUCCAAGAAUCCGACCCGGAUGUCAUUGCUAUUCAGGAAGUAAGGCUUCCAGCAGCUGGUGCAAAGGGGAAUCCUAAAAACCCAAGAGAACUAAAAGAUGACACAAGCUCUUCACGUGAGGAAAAACAGAUUCUAAUGCGCGCCAUCUCAAAUUCACCAUUAAAAGACUAUAACUUUUGGUGGUCUCUUUCAGAUACAAAGUAUGCUGGGACUGCAUUAUUUGUGAAGAAGUGUUUCAAUCCAAAGGUCUCUUUCUCUCUUAAUCAAACAGGUUCAAAGCACGAACCUGAUGGCCGGGUUAUUCUAGCUGAAUUUGAAUCCUUUCGUUUGUUAAAUACGUAUGUGCCAAACAAUGGUUGGAAAGAUGAGGAAACCUCAUUUCAGAGGAGAAGGAAAUGGGAUCAGCGAAUGCUAGACUUUGUUUUGCAAAAUUUGGAUAAACCCCUUAUCUGGUGUGGGGACCUUAAUGUAAGCCAUGAAGAGACUGAUGUGAGUCAUCCAGAAUUUUUUAGCUCGGCCAAGCUCAAUGGUUAUACUCCACCAAAUAAAGAGGACUGUGGGCAGCCUGGAUUUACAUUGUCUGAGAGGAAGCGUUUUGGUGCGAUAUUAAAGCAGGGAAAACUUCUAGAUGCCUACAGAGUCCUACAUGAGGACAAAGAUAUGGAGCGUGGCUUCUCUUGGUCUGGAAACCCUGUGGGGAAAUAUCGUGGAAAAAGGAUGAGGAUAGACUACUUCAUUGUUUCAGAAACGCUUAAGGACAGAAUUGUUGCAUGCGAGAUGCAUGGACAGGGGAUUGAGUUACAGGGUUUCUGUGGAAGUGAUCAUUGUCCUGUAUCGCUCAAGCUUUCAGAAACGGACUCCAAUUCAGACCAAUGCUAAGCAUUUGACAUACCGGGAUCAGUGCUACUCUUGUGUUUGUAUUGUCAAACUAUCAAGGCAUCAAUUCAUUUAAGUUGAACUUUCGAUGUAUUUUCAAACACAUUUGUCUGUACAUCAUGACAAUUAGAGACAAAAUCAAAAUAGUUUCUAAAUAUCAGUUUUUGUUAAUUUACA